UUCCACGAAAACACUCGCCUUAUCAUUUGCAGGUAUCACAGAUCUAAUGUGCUUCAUAUAGUUGGUCCACAGGCUUCAUUUUUUACCGAGCUGUUUUUCACUUCUCAAAUGUUCCUUAACAUUGCCACUCAGCAGUAUGGAACUGGCGGCGAUCUAUACUCGAUUUAUCAAAAGAUGCUUAAGGGCCACACCUAUAAGACGUUCAAGACUACACCAGGUACGCUAGAAUGCAGAGAGGCUUGUCUUUAUUAUGACAGAUGUCACAGCUUUAAUUUCGUCAUGUUCAUUGCAAUAUGUGAGUUAAACAACCGGACUAAAGAGGUCAGACCAGAGGACUUUGUCAAGGACGAGAACAGAUGUUAUAUGGCAAAAGGUCCAAAACGAGGUAAUAGAACCUAAAGUUUGAAUAUUGCCUAAAUCCAGCAAAUGUUAAUAAUUUCGCCAUUUUAAAUCGCUGCGAACUGAAAUUUUCACACAAUGCAAAUAGUGAUGAAUAAAUUUUUUCGAUGGAAUAUGGUCACUUGGUUCGCGCGCAACAAGGGCAAAUUUCAUGGAAAUACCGUGUUUUACAAUUAGUAUAGGUAAUCACAUGAUUUCGAGUACAAUUUGGGAUAAAUAAGCACGAAUGAAUGUUUCAAAGAUUAAUAAAAUUGCUCGAGCCUGUAGGGCAAGUGCAUUUUUGUUACUCCUUUAAAAAUUAACAAGUGCUUAUUUAUUUCAAACUGCACGAGAAAAAUCAUGUGAUUACGUAUUAAUAAUAUACAAGAAAGAUAUGAGAUAGCUUAUCAUAAUUACGCGGAAGCAAAGCACGCGCAUCAAGUGCAAAAUAAUUUAUUCAAACCUGUGCAUUCCGUCAAAACAACCGCGUACUAUCAAAACAGUAAUGUACAAUGAUAUUUUCAUAUCUGUAAGGCGCAAAAAAGUUAAAAGUCCGGCUAAACAGUAUAAGGAAUUGUUAAGUCUGCGUCCGAAUCACUUUCGAUGAGAUGGAAUCUUCGUUUGCGAGGUUUAACUAUGUUUGCUUUUAAUUUCGACAUAGAAUCGCUCCAGCAAAGUGUUAAGCUGGAUCUGCUUCCUAGGCAAUUUCCUUCUCUAAACACCACUUUUUCCAAACCGAAAACCGAAAAGCCGUGCUUUUUACGGUGCUUUCGUUGUUAGAACUGCUUUUCAGCUAUUGUUGUCGCGGUGGCGAAAGAAAACCUAUUCAAAACGCCGGCCAUUGUUUCGCUCGCAAAUUUUCAGCGUAGCCAAAUGUUGCGACAUCCAAGGUUCGCAUUUGAUUGGCUAUCUGUGAGUUUCCUUGAUUAUUGACCAAUCAGAAUGUCUGGUUUGUUACUUUCUUUGCACUGAAUUAACGCUCUUCUGCAUUAAAUUACCUGAAAAUGCAUUUAUCUUAACCAAUCAGAACUGAGUAAUUUUUUUCAUGUAUAUUAUUGCUCCAUUAUCAAUAAAAAUUUACAAAUUUACAACCAUAUUCUACUAUAUGAUACUUAAGCAUAGCUAAAAUUCAUACUGAUUAAAAAAGAAAAACAAAACUAAAGUCAGCCAUAUCUUAUUAUAUGAUACUUAAACAUAGCUAAAAUUGACAAUGAUUUAAAAAGAAAAUUAAAUCUAAAGCAAUAUAUAUAAAUCUAUAAAAAUAAUGGUAUGUUAUUAAUAUAUUUACUAAACAGGAACGUCUUAAGUGCUCCUUUAAAAAUUGAGAUGGUGUUAGACUUCUGAAAUUCCAUAGAGUAUUAAGUUCCAUUCUCUUGGCGCAUGGACAGUGAAUGCUCUGUCUCCGUAGGUCUUAGUUUUGCAUUAAAAGUUCAUUACUAACAGACCUAGAUGAUCUAAUGGGAGAACGAUUACGUAGUUUCUGAGCUAGAUAGCUAGGCGAUGCCCCAUUCAGUGAUUUAUACACUAGAAGCAGAAUCUUGAAAAUAAUACAGUAUUGGAUCGGUAGCCAAUGAAGCUCCGGCAAAACAGGUGUGAUAUGCUGAAACUUACUCGUUUGACACACAACUCUAGCCGCCGUGUUUUGUACAUAUUGCAAUCCUUGUAACUGAUACUUAGGCAAGCCAUAUAAUAAUGCAUUGCAAUAGCCUAGUCACGAUGUGUCAAAUGCGUGAACAGCAAAUACUUCUGAUUCUUUAGUGAGAUACUUCCUAAUUCUAGAUAGGUUCGUGAGAUGAUAAAAUGAUGAUCUAAGAGCCUCCUAGAAGAGGAUCUUAAGCUAGGGUUGUAAAAUUUCUGUUACAUAGGAAGGUGCUAACCUAUGUAACGCUUUGAAGGUUAACAGAAGCAUCUUGUAUUUGAUACGGCUGUACACGGGAAGCCAGUGUAAAUAUAACUGUUGGAGAAUUGGCGUGAUAUGAUCAUGUUUCCUGGUGCAAGUUACAAGGCGUGCAGCACAGUUUUGGACAGCUUGUAGACGAUCAAUCAGAGACUGAGGAAGGCCAUAGAGUAAUAAAUUACAAUUUUCUGAUUUGGUGGAAAUAGGAGCAUGGGCUAAGAUAUCAGUUCUCUUGUUCAGUGUACCUUCGCUUAUUCGCCUAUUCGAGAUCGCAAUAUAUCUUUGGUUAGGGUCUAUUGGAGAUACAACAGAGUUUCAGUUUGCUUUUCGUGUAAAAAUUACGUGGAAUUGUAUAAUCGAGGUAACUAACUGUAGACGAAUAAUUUUGGUUUUCUCUCUGUUAAAACGUAGUCUCUUCCGGAACCGUUAUUAUUUUGGUCUCGUCACGCAACGCGAACUAGCUCUCCAACCGGGAAUAGAUGGCGUUGUGUGACGAAACCAAACAACGGCUGCGAAGGAGACAAUGAUAAGUGAGGCACCGAUCCAUUUUAUUUCUGCUUACAAGUAUUUAGGCAAUGGAUACAAUAGACCAUAAAAUACCUGUAUGAGUUCAGAUAAAUUAGGCUUUUGUUUUCUUUCUCUUAAAGAGAAGUAUUGCGAUAUUUUCGUCCGUUUGAAAAUUAUGCUCUUUUUUUUUGUUACAAAAAUGAAAACAUUCCAUCUCAACCCGCCCAGCCGAAAAAAUUAACUCUUUCAUGCUACGUACGCCUAUGUUAUUGUGAUUUUUCUUUAUCAUAACUCAUAAAAUUACCACCUGCUUACCAACCAGUCAGAGAAAGCAUUUUAUGCCUUCUCCCCAUGUUAUGCCAAGUGCAGGUGUUUUAACGCUAGGAUUUUUUCUUGACAAGACGUGAUUUAAAAAAUCCCAACGGCUUGUCUCAUCGAAAAGCUGACAACAAGAUCUAAAGACUUGACUUUACAAAAUUUAUUUCCGUUCUGUUCGACUAGUGGUGAAGCUGUUAAAAAGACUAAUGAACAGAUAACAAUGAAAGCUGGACACGAGCUCCACGUACAUAGAUAUGCUAAACAGUACAAUCUGGAGCACGAAAUUUUUAAAGCAUAUUUAUCAAGUAGUCGUAGCAUGAUUGAGAAGGCAUGGAAUUCUCAGAGAUAGUCGCUCUCUAAUAUACUUCUCAGGGUUAGUGAAUCUUUCGCACAUUUACUCGAGCUUGUCCUGAAAUCAUUAUCAUUAAUAAUUGAUUAUUUUUAUCAUUGAUUAGUAUUAGGAGACAUCAUAACAUGAGUUCACCUUUGUGUCGCCACCGUAACGACUUUGCAUCACAUUUACCAUAUUAUAUGCUACCAACUACAACGUCAUCUGUAUCAGGUACUAGGUAUCAUCAUCAUCUCUACAUGCCAAAACUAUGUAGAGUAUUUAUCCCAAAAGCUUCAGUUUUAUUUGGUUAUUUUAGCCUACGAUAUAGGCCAAGGAAAACAAUGAGAUGUUUUCUUUUAAAUGAAACAAAUCAAAAUAAAGCUGUUGCCAUGAGAACUACGCAUAUUGUUCGACAAGGUUUCGUUUGUAAACACCGGUUCUUUAACGUAUUUUUUCUUCUACGUUGUUUUAUUUUUUAUUUAUUUUUGGUUCUUUUUGGUUUUUUUUGGUUUUUUUUUGGUUUUUUUUGUGUGUGUGUGUGCUAUUCCUCGGAAAUGGCUUCAAAUGAUGUCCAAUCACGUAGUAAUUAUCGGAAAACGUAAACAGGUGAUUCAAUCGAGUGAAAGGCUACAAUAAUCUUGUUAUAUUUUGGCGCCGGUAAAGAUUUCCUUAUUCUUAGUUGUCACGGAACGAAGCAAUGCGGCAAUUCAACUGUUUAAAUGAAUAUGGAUCUGGAUCACGUAUGCUAUCAACCUUUCUAUUAAAGUAAAACACGACAUCGUGCAGCUUAAAAAACAUUGGAAAGUUUCCUAUCUCACAAAUAACCCCUGCAGGGAUAGGCAGGGGCUUAUGCGUGGUCGGUAAUUUAUAAUUCCCUCGAAACAUCAUCUCAGCGUCAGUUAACCGUUGGCAACCUGCGGUAGUGCUUCACACCACAGAAGAAGACUUAUUAGAGUCAGCUUAAGCAAUAACGGACAUUGCUUACCAGGUACGCACAUACAUUUUCCGAAUCUUACCUAGAGAAUAGCCAAUUCAGAAAAAGUGAAAACAAGCUAUGUCAGAAAGAGUAACAAAAACUCGCGCGCCCUCAUAUUGGUAGUUGAUUAUCAUUCUUCCUGCAGAACGUUUUAUACGCCCUGAAAUUCGAAAAAAAAAAUUAACUACCUUGUGAUUAAGAUUCUUGACGGAAAUUUCAAUGCAAAAAUCACCGAACCUUCGUAACUUGCGAAGCAAAAUUUCCUACCUAUAGCUGUGGAUAUAGAGAUCAUUUGUGGAUAUAGAGAUUAUUAUGCUGUUCAAACAACGAUAUACCACUGUGAGGAAAGACAGUUGCUAAAUAUCUGCUGAGUGGUUGUCCGUGGAAUAAUAUAACUCCCUCAAGGAAAAUUGAUAUUGCUCUCCCUCAACAUCCUGUUAGUUUCAGUUGGCCGUUGGCAACCUACUUUCGGCAAUAUGUAGUGCAUCACACCUCAAAAAAGACUUAAAGGAGUCAGUUAAAGACACAACGUGUACUUUUAACCAGAAAGGGGAAUCAUGUUUCCGUUAUUUUUUAUAAAAAUCUCAUUUUUUUAAAUGAGAAAUAACAGCAGUAUUUUCUUGUCACCGAAAUUUUACAUGAUGAAAUUGAAAGGAUGGGCAAAGAAAUGAAUCUGACGAUUUAGAUAAAAAAUGAACUAUUAAAUAAUAGUGUGUUACGAAGACAUUCUUUCAUAGAGGGAAAGAUUAUUUGAUUCAUCAUUCUUCCUUCUUAAAAUCUUCUACAAGCUGGCAAAAGUUUAUUUUUUACGGCAAGAAAUACUGCCAAAGGAGAAGGUGGAGGGGCGGAUUUUUAAGCGAAAAAAUUUGGUUUUCCCUUGAUUACCCACGAGGGAAUUUUCCCAAAAAAAAUAUUGGACAGGUUGAUUAUUAUUGUUUUUUAUUGAUUGUUUUUGAAAUUUUGGUGCUGUUAGUCUUAAUGUUAAUGUUUGUUGGCAUUAUUAUUAUUUUUAUCAUUAUUAUUUUUUUUUUGGACUUCACCAACCCUGCCAUCCUCCUUUUAGAUUUCAAACUUUCCUCCCACUUAAAUCAAACAUUUUCCAUAUGAAAACAAUCGCUUUCUUCUUCGCAGGUAUAACAAAUCUGAUAUGCUUCAUAUGGCUGUUCGACAAGUUUCAUUUUUUACCGCGUUGUUUUUCAUUUCUCUCGUGUUUCGUGAGAUUGCCAGUCAGCAAUGUCACGGAAUAUACUCGAUUUAUCGAAUGAUGCUUCAGGGCCAUACCUAUAAGACGUUCAAGACUACAACAGGUAUGCUGGAAUGCAGAGAGACUUGUCUCGCUGAUGACAGAUGUCAAAGCUUUAAUGUCGUCAUGGGCAUUGCAAUAUGUGAGUUGAACAACCGGAAUAAAGAGGCCAGACCAGAGGACUUUGUCAAGGACGAGAACAGAUAUUACAUGGCAAAAGAUUCAAACAGAGGUAAUAGCACUUGCAAAUAUAAAACAGUAGGGUGUGCUUACGUUUAUGGAUUUUGCACCACUACCUACUGAUUUUUCAAACUUUUACCUAGCUAAAGUGCAAUAUUUCAAUUUCAGUUCCCCUGGGGUCAAUCCGUGAGCUGCCUGCUGAAUCGUGCGAGGAGAUCAAGGCGAGUGAAGGAGGACAGGCAGUUAACGGUAAUUAUUGGUUAGAUUCCACAAGAUCUGGAAACUCUACUUUAGCUCGUUGCGACAUGAAUACAAAAGGUUAG